AUGUCAGAAGCAAAAAUAAGUGAGCUGAAAAACGAUAUUGAUGAAUUAAAUGAUUUAUUGAAGUUGGCUAAACGUAAGAGAGUUCAAGACCUUUUAUCGGUGGAAGUGAGAAAAUUAGAAACUGAAUGGAUCAAAUUAAGGGAUAGUGCUUCAUCCUCUAUCACCCCUAUGGAAGUUACUCCUGUACCCACUACAUCUGCUCUAGUUCCUGAAAAGCGAUAUCAAGUAAAGCUUAAUGGUUAUGGUUGGGAUCAAUCAGACAAAUACAUAAAAGUGUUUGUUACUCUAAAAAAUGUACAUAACUUACCAAAAGAACAAGUUUACUGUAAAUUAACAGAAAAAUCUAUGGAGCUCAUUGUAGAAAAUUUGGAAAACAAAGAUUAUACACUACUAAUUAAUAAAUUGCUUGAACCAAUUAACGUCGGCGAGAGUCAUUGGAAACAAAAAACUGAUAUGGUUGUCAUUUUCUUAGCAAAACAGCAUCCAAACAUUAAAUGGUCUCACAUGACUGAAAUUGAGAAGAAAUUUGAAGACCAACGCAAUAACCGUUUCAAGAGUGAUGACUUUGACAAAAAGGACCCACAGGAGUCAAUAAUGAGCCUUAUGAAGAACAUGUAUGAAACAGGCGAUGACGAAAUGAAGCGAAUGAUCUCAAAGGCGUGGUAUGAAGGGCAACAAAAGCAGAAAACGAGCACUUUAUACCUAUAA